CUGAUGCCAACCUGGAAAAACCUGGCUUCCACAAAGGCAACAACGCAACAACAAUGACCAGCAACACCAUGGAAAUGGGUAGAAAUUAGCUAGCUAGCAAGUAGGCGUACUGAAGAACUUGGCGAUUGGAGAUAGCACCAGCUACAAUAAGCAGAUUGGAUAAAGGAAAGAUGAGACAAUGGUCUUCAGUUUUAACGAUUGUACUGUGGAUAGCCAUCUUUGGGGUAUCCACCAUUUUUCGGCAAACGGCGAAUUCGCACCAGCGCAAAUUACAAGGUCCUUGGGAUGGCCGAGUCACAACUUUUUCAUCUACCGGGGUGGCAGUGCGAGAAAAUUCCACCUCAGCUUCGCCCUCCAGGUCGUUCGAAGCCUAUGCCUCCGUUGAACGCCCUCCAGGCAGAGACCGACAAGAUGAAGCAAGCGCCGAUGAAAUAGUCAACAUCAGCAGUGCCUUUGAGGAUCCUCUGUCGUUAGGGUCGUUGGAUUUUGUGGGACAUAGUGGUCGAUGGUACGCUCGAUACCCACUUGGUGUUUGCAAAGGAGACUGCACCACAGAUGAUGACUGUGAAGGGGAUUUAUACUGUUUUCAAAGAAGAAAAUUUGAACCCUCUCCAUAUUGUAAAGGUGGCGAAGAGGUAGACAUCGGCGCUGAUUUCUGUACGUGGAACCCACUCUACCCACCACCAGAGCCAGAUCCAAUACCUCCCCUAUGGGCUUUUCGGCUCAAGUUGUACUGGGAAGAAGGCUAUUUUUGGCAGAACGAAACCCUGGAGCGAGAAUGGUGCAUGAUCUAUAACUAUGAUGGAUAUCCGGGGAGCGGUGAAUGUUGGCAUGGCGAUGAACUAAAGAACUGUACUGCUUCCCAGGUUUAUAUUGGGGCAUGCUUAGAGGGAGAUCCUCGCCAAUGGUUCACUUUUGAACCUCUCGGGCCUUACUACAGCGGCCACGACGAACAUCCAGAAGUGCUCAUCAAAACCAUGUCCGAUUGGUGCUUGUACAGACAUGAAAGUGCAUUAUACUUGAAUCCAGAGUGCGACCCAAAGGAUGAGCGACAAAGAUUCUUUGCUCUUUCUGGCAGUUUUGAUCCUGGCAGCCGAUUUGAAUUGGGACAGUUCCAGGGAUAUACACAUGAAAACUGCCUCACGAAUGCACAUCACCCAAAGUCAGGCGAAGUUAUAGAGUUUCAUAUUUGUGAAUUCGCUAGACACCGAGAGGAUCAAACUAGCUUCUGGCAGAUAUACUCACCAACGGAUGGAGAAAUGGAAGCAACGGAACAAAUCUAUAGAGCGUUUGGGGGGACAGGGCCGGAGUUUACUUCUCCCUGACUCCGUGUGGUUAGUCGAGAAUUCCUCUGUAGAGCUCUCCUUGCGCAGCGGUUUUCUAAGAACACUCAGUGGAAGCGUUGACAGCAGCCGACAGACACAAAACACUUCAAACUGUGGACACUCAGGUUUGAGACCGUACCUAAAACGGGUCGCUGUUCUGGCAAAGGGUAGCCACGCUAUCUGGGGAUGAUAUCAAGGACUGGUCUGGCAGAACUUGGCUUCUCUAAGGUUUGAACCAUUUUACAACAGUGUUGUACACUUCGUGAAAGCGAGGGACACUGUACUGGAAGAUGAGUUCGCCUUACAUUUCUGUUAGGCAGCAUAAUUCAAAAUAUAAAAAAAACGAUUCUAGUUUUU